AUGAAUUGUGACAAGUCUAUUCUAAAAGAACUGAUUUAAACAAAUAUUAUUUUAAUAGAGGAAGCCAAAGAAUCUAAUUUAUAAAAUUUCAACAAUUCAAAGAUGUGGAUCAAGAAGUCCUUUAAUAAUUUGUUUAAUUUACUACCCAAAGAAACUCUGGAGAUGGAUAUAAAUCAAUUACUUACUGUAUCAGAAUAAGAAGAAUUGAUAAAAGAUCCUCAACUUUCAAUAGAAUUUUUUAAAAAUAAGUUCUAAAGAGAGAUAGAUGAUUAAGAUUGGGAAGAUGAAGUAGAAACACACUUAACACCAUAAAAAAAGUAAAUUGAAUUUUUUAAUAAACAAUAAGAUUAUUACCAUAAACUAGAACAUUAUAAUCGAGCAAUAUGGGAUUUAGAAAGAAACCUGCUACAAAUUUAUAAUCAUCUUAAAAAAAACUAUUUUCUAGUGCAAUUCAUAAUAAAUACAAAAGAAAACUAAUUUGA